UACCAGAGCCGGUCCCUCGGAGACCCGAAGCCAGGAGCCGAUUUGUACAGACAGACGCGCAGACACUCGGACAAGGUGCCAUGUCCGACGCCCGCCAGAUUCCGUGCAGCAGCAAGGUGUGCCGCCGUCUUUUCGGCCCCGUGGACGAUGAGCAGGUGCGCCGUGACUGCGACGCGCUGAUGGCCAGCUGCCUGAAGGAGGCCUGUGAUCGCUGGAACUUCGACUUUGUCACCGAGACCCCGCUGGAGGGCAACUAUGUUUGGGAGCGUGUGCAUGGCCUGGGCCUGCCGAAAUUCUACCGCCCUUCGGGGCCUUGGGGGGGCCAUGAUGACCUGGGAGGGGGCAAGCGGCCCUGCCCCUCCACUGUCUUGCUUCAGGGGACAAGCCAGGGAGACCACGUGGACCUGUCGCUGUCCUGUACCCUUGUGUCUCAUUCCCCUGAGCGCCCUGAAGUGUCCCCAAGUGGGUCUAGCGCACCGCAGGGCCGGAAACGAGGACAGACCAGCAUGACAGAUUUCUACCACUCCAAACGCCGGCUGGUCUACUGCAAGAGGAAGCCGUAACCUGCUCACGGGAGGCCCAGCGCCCCAGGGACCACUGCUCCCUACAGCCCCUCCCACUCCCUCUGAUUUGCCCUUCAGUUUGUGUGUCUUAAUUAUUAUUUGUGUUUUAAUUUAAACUCCUCCUUAUGUACAUACCCUGCUCCCCACGCCACCCCUCCAGCCUCUGCCAUUAGAAUUACUUAAAAAGAGAGACAGAGAGAGAGACAGAGAGAGAGACAGAGAGAAGGGCAGCAACCAAAUAGUAGGCCAUCAGAGAGCUGGGCAUUUUUUAUUAUAAGAACCCUUAUUUAAAAUCCCCUCAUCCUAGACUUUCCAUGUCCUUUCUGUGGGAGGCCAGGAGCAGAGCCGGCUUUUGGUCAGCUGUUACCUGCCUCCCCCUCUUCACCUGCUGGGUGGCACUCUAGGAGGGCCCUGGCCCCUUCCGCUGGCUGCUGCCAGUGACAUGGGCUGGGUGAACUUUACCCCCUCUUCUCCCCCACCCCAGAUUCUCAGACUGGAAUCCUUUAUCAUUUAAGAAGUAAACAGCACUUUCAAGAGCCUGGCAGAGUGGGGCAUCACCAGAAAUGUCAGGGUCCCCUCACCUCCUCCAGACCUGGGAGGGGUAAACUUGUAAUGGCACCCGCCUCUGUCCUGGGAAGGCAGGGUCCUGUAGGGGCCCUGUCCAGACCCCUGUGCCCUCUACAGGGGAGCCCGCCCCAAUGUUUGAUCCCCAGCCCUGCUAACCCCUCCCAGGAGCCCCAAUUCUCUCCUAUCUGGACUCUCAAGUCUCCCUCUGCUCCCCUCUUCACGUUCAUUCCCUCUAGUACCCGCUCAGCCCUGGUGGCAAGCCCAGGGGGCCUGACACCCCUCCCCCAACUCAAUGAACUAGUGGGGAAGGGUCAUCUUAGAAGUAGGGAUCCCCAGUUCUACCUCAGGCAGCUCAAGCAGCGACCACCUCCUCUUCUUUCAGCUCUGAGGUGGGGACCCUAGAAAAGGUUACAUAAACCUUUUUACCCUAGCUAGUUGACGGGCCUCCUGAAAGUGGGUGGGACCUUUGUUAAGGGUAUGCAUGUGGGGGCACAGGAGAGAAGUUUCCGGGAGGGAGCGUGUUACACCGGGGCCCUAGAACCCACCUGAGAACCGUCCCCAUCUGUCCCACCCUUUCCCCAUUUCAUUGCACUUUGAAUAGCAGCUGAACAAGGAGUCUCAUGAGAAGCUGGCGAGUGCAGAGCCAGUGAGCGCUGUGUGCAGAUGGCAUCCUCACCGGGGUGAUGUGGAAAUAGGGCUCCAGAGCGGUCUUUCCCCCCUUUGACAGCUGAGCCGUGUCAGGGUCUCCAGGAAGCCAGGGAGGCACGGGCUUGCUUCCGAUUCUGCUUCUAGAUACGGUGGUCCCUGUCUCUGUCCUACCCCAUAGCUCUUCCCCGCAGAAUCAAAGCCUCUUCAAACUGACAAUCCCUGACAGGGAGGGAGUGCCCUGCAAGUACUGUGAUGAAACCUAGUGGAACUCUUCACUACAGAUGACUAAGUAAGCCUGUCCUGAACCUUGCUUACCGGGAAAAUCUUCCCUGGUUGAGUUCUGGCAACACCAAAGCACUUAGUGGGUCUGAACCCCAACCGCCUUCCAGCUCCUAGACUUUCCUGGCCCAGACUGUUUCCCCCCAGCUGCCCACGUGUGCUGGGCCCCUGGCUCUCCACCUCAGACUGUACACCUCUUGAGGGCAGGGAGCACGUUACUGCUCUAUGCCCUUCAGCCUCUCCCAGAAUGCUGGCUAUGCAGCAGGUGCUCAAUAAAUAUUCCUUGUAGCCUUCA